AUGAGAUCGACCCCCUUCGGGCUCGACUUACUCCAGAAAGCUCUCCCUCCGUCGGGGAACUUCUUCAUCUCGCCCUUCAGCAUCUGGAGCGCCCUCGUCCUCGCCUACUUCGGCUCCCGAGGCAAGACGAAGGCGGAGCUGGAGCAGGUUCUGCGGCUCACCAACAAGGAGGACACGCUCGCCCUGUUCAGGGCCCUCGAACGGCGCUAUGACUCCCAAGAAGCAAACCAGAACUACACCAUCAACUCGGCGAACAGGAUAUACGUCGACCAGUCCAUUCCCGUUCGAGAAUGCGUGGGAAAAGUCCUCGACGACAAACUGAAGUUAAUAGACUUUAAUAGGCUUAAACCUCGGGCGCAGUGUGAAAGCCUUCCGUACAAGAGGGCAGAUCUGUUCAGCAGACUUACUUUGAUCUUGAGUAACAGAGACAAGCCGUCUGUGGUGAUCAUUUCAUCUACAGUUCUGUUGCCUAUAAAAAGAGCAUUUGAAGUCCUUUAUUUGGAAUUAGUUGUCCCCGACGCCGCCGCUGCUGACAUCAAUGCCUUCGUCAACGCCGAAACGCGAGGAAAAAUACCAAAGCUUAUAGAACCCUCCUCUCUUGAAGACGCUAAAAUGGUCUUAACUAACGCCGUCUACUUCAAAGGCUUUUGGAAAUACCCGUUCAAGCCUCAAAGGACCCACAAGGAGAAGUUUUUCGUAACCCCGGAAGAGUCUGUCCAAGUGGAUAUGAUGACGCAAACGGGAAGGUUCAAAUAUGUGGACUCGGAGAAGCUUCACGCCCAGGUGCUGGAGAUGCCCUACAGGGGCGACGCCGUGUCCAUGGUGGUGCUCCUCCCGCGAAGUGAGAGAGCCAAGGAAGUGGACAGGCUGGUCCGACGCCUGAGGCCCAGGAGACUCGUGUCUGUGUUGAAGGCGAUGCCCUCCGUCCCGCUGAUAGUCAAGUUUCCCAAGAUCAGCGUGGAGAGUACUCUCGGGAUGAACUCAUUUCGAGCGAUCCACAAGGCCCUUAUAGAGGUGGACGAAGAAGGCGCAGAGGCAGCAGCGGCGACGGUGCUCGUUAUAACUAAUAGGUCUUCGAUGACUCCAAAGACGACGUUCACGUGCAACCGGCCCUUCGUUUUCUACAUUAAAGAUAACGAGGCGAACAACAUCCUGUUCAUGGGUGUUUAUAGGGGUCCUUGA